AUGUAUUUGUGAGAACACCUUGUGUAUCCACGUCAUUACAUACUUGUUUAAGAUUGUCGUUAUCAGAGGUCUGCCUAAAUCUUUAUAUUGAGUAGAAGAAAUCGUUUCACAUGGAAGAUGACCUCGAACUAUUAGAAUAUCAACAAAAGAGCUCGGAAUAAUACGAGUAGAUAGAAAGUAAGCUCGCUAGACUUACAACACUAUAGUUUUGUAUAAAUCACGUUGCUGACCGUAUUGGUAGUUACGCCGUUCGAUUUAGUUUCGCAGUUCGAUUUCAUUCUCUCGUCGUUCGCAAUAAAGUAAAUAUAGAGAAUGACCUCCGCAACAUUUUCACGCUGAUCUUCAAAUUAAAAAAGUGUUUUGUAUAACGCGCUCGAUUUCGCAUAACCCAAUUAUCAUUCUGUUGACCCAAGUAUUGUUAAAAUUAGUAAGCGAGUGAGUGUCGCAAGGUGUUUGGUGAAAUAAACGAUAUAUUUAGAUUUAGUGCGAGUAUUUUUAUUGUGUGAAUAUGAGUAAAAGUAAUUAUUCGAUGCCCCCUCCCUAUGGGCCCCCGCAAGCUGCUCCGCCAAGUUAUGCACAAGCCGUUGGGGGUGUUCCACCCUCUAGUCCUUACGUACCUAACCAUUCCUUUGUAAAAGGUCCAGAAAUUGUAACGACUGUCGUGCCAGUAGGAAAACAUCCAACGCAUAUGAUAUGCCCAUAUUGUUAUGCUGAAAUAGACACGACAACCAAAUCUCAACCUGGAUGUAUCGCAUACGUUUCAGGGACAAUACUUUGUUUAAUAGGAUGCUUCUUUGGAUGUUGCCUGAUUCCGUGUUGUAUAGACAAAUGUUUGGACGUAUCCCACACAUGUCCGAAUUGCAACUCAUACCUUGGAACAUUUAAAAGAUAAAUGUACUAGUAAAGUUAUUUUUGAUAAUUAGAAAAAAAGGGGCUUAUAUAAAAUCGCACUACAUAUUACAAUAUUUAAAUAUUUAUGCCUCGAAUUAAAAAUAAUAUAGAAUAUUCGUUAUCAUGUAGAUCGACAAAAAUAACUUUAAAUAUAGUGUUCAACUGAUUAAUUCAUAAAAAGGUCAUCUUUUAAAGCUACAUGAGUCGAUGUGUAAAAGUGUUAAAUUUACAUACAUGAAGUUUUUUUUUUAAUUAAUAUUUUUUCGCCCAAUAAAAGCACUUUUGAAAUAUACUAUUUGUAUAUCUGUUGAUGGACAUAAGAUACGUAAGAAUUAUCGUUUUACCACAAAUCCGUCAUGGCAUCUGAGUCAGCUGAUUGCGAAUCAUAACCUAGAACGACAAUUUGAUCGCUGUUUUCGUUCACGUUUCACGUUAAUUUUUUUUUACGUAUGAAAACCUCAGUAAUCUAGCAAUUACGCUGCUCAUGAGAAUGGUUAGACAACCAUUUAAGGGGAAAAAAUAAUUUUAACAUUUCAAAAAACCAUAGACAAAUGAAAAAAUCCUCAGCUGAUCACGUUUACCUACUGGUCCACCAGGGUAAGAAGAAUCAGAUAUGACUAUCACCCUAUUAACUCGGAUCAAUUUCCGAACGUGUUCACCAUCGAAAUCAAAAGUUGUGACAAAAUUCUCAACAGAGCUACCAGUUCAAAAUUUUACACAAUAGAAGAGGUAAAGGGAGAAGGAGGUUAGUUAGGUUAGGUUCUAAUCUUUGUUUUUAAAUCUCAUGUGCUAUUGCUAUAGAUGACGGCCUAAUCCGAUAUGAUUGGAUAAUUAUUGAACAUUCAAUAUGCCUAAGGUAAUCAGUGUUAUGGCGGAAAAUAUGUGCCUCCUCAACUUUUUAAGUACCUUCGGAGUACUAAGAAACAAUCCUAUAUAUGUGUAAAAAUUUUCUGAAUAAGUUUGGUGCGCACUUCUAAAUAUUUACUGUUUAUUUCUAUGAUCUGUCAAAUCUCAAAGUAUUUAAAAGAUUUUGAACUUGUGGUGCUUUUACUUUUUUUUUCUGGAUCCAUUUGUGAUUGUCCAUCUACAUUGAUAGUAACAAAAUGUUUAACGUUUAUUAUUAAAAUGUAAUCGAAAAAAUUGUUUUAUGUAAUACUAACGAUGUUUAUUUUAUAACAAAUAUGUACUUUGUACAUAAUUAAAUAUUUUGUAGAGCAUAUUAUUAAACAAGUCAAUAGAUUAAUGUGAACAUUACGGAUAAGCAAGUAUAGAGAUGGUGGAAUUUUUUGACGAAAAUUUGAUUGUAUUUUAUAAAUAUAAAUUGUAUACAGGGUUAUUCGUAAGUGGUAUAACUUUGUGGAAAACCUCGUUCCAGAAAAUAUAUUUUUUGUACUUUCUCGCUAGGUCUCUUGACAUUUUGUGUUACCAAAAUGAGCUUUUUACAUGAUAAGAUAUAAUUUUUUUAUUCGAAUUCGAAAUAUUUUUAGCAAUUUUUCGUUCAGUUAAAACCAUAUCGAGUUUUUCUUAACUUUUUUCCAAAGUUAUAUUAUGAAAAACCCUCGUACUUGUUCUUGUUAACAUGAUAUUGAAGAAUGCACGAAAAAUAAAAACAAUUCACAACU